AUGGCAGCCAACAACCAAGUCCCCGCUCACAUCGCUCAACAGCGCCAGAUGUACCACGCCGCCUUGCAGAAGCAAAACGGAGGCGGCGGUGCUUAUCCCCAAGGACAGGCUGCUGACCCAUACGGUGGCUACCAGGCUCCUCCUCAGCAGCAGGAGCAGCAGCAGCAGGGCUACUACACUCAGCCCCCAGGACAGCAGCAACAGGGCGGUGGCUAUGAGGGUUACGAGAACAUGAACCCUCAGGAGCAGCAAUACUACCAGCAACAGCAGCAGCAGCAACAAUACCAGCAGUACCAGCAACAACAACAAUACCAGCAACAGCAGCAGCAACAGCAGUACCAACAGCAGCAACAGCAACAGCCCGCCGCUGCCACUGUCUCUAUUCAGCCCUUGUCGUAUAACAGACAGUCGACCGGCGCUGCUCCCGACCAGCAGCAACAGCAGCUGUACCAACAGUCUCCUCCACAGCAGCAGCAGCAACCUGCUGCAGCAGCUCAGGGUCAGUCUCGUCCGGGUAGUGAAUACCCCCUGCUUGUCGCCAUCGAUUUUGGAACCACCUUCUCGGGUAUCGCCUACGCCUUCAAGUCUAACGGAGAUGUCCUGGAAAUGACCACAUGGCCACAUCAAGCCAACUUGUACGGAAAGGUGCCCACAGUCAGCGCUUACACGAAGGAGACCGACAGGAUGCAUUCGUGGGGUUACGCCGCUAAGGCCGCCAUGUUGACUCCCAACGGUCGUAACCUGGAUUUGCUGCAAAAGUUCAAGCUGUUCCUCGACAACGACCUCGCCCCCUACUUGCCCCCUCUCCCCCGCGCUAUCAACCCCCAGAACGCCAUCAGUGACUACCUCCGCGCCAUUCACACCCAUGCCAUUAGCGAGAUUAUCAAGAACAGCGCCGGAGGUGUUGCCUUUGAUCCCCAACACAUCCAGUACUGCCUGACUGUCCCCGCCAUGUGGACAGAUAACGCCAAGGGCGUUAUGCGACAGACUGCCAUCCAGGCAGGACUCAUCCAGCCUUCAGAUCCUCCACACCGUCUACUCUUGGUCUCUGAGCCCGAGGCUGCUGCCAUGUACUGUGAAAAGAAGUGCGAGCAAUUCAACCUGCGUCACGGCGACCGAUUCAUGAUUUGCGAUGCCGGUGGUGGAACUGUCGAUUUGAUUGUUUUCCAAGUCGACUACAGCUCAGGAACACGUGCGUUGAAGGAGGUCACCAGAGGAUCGGGAGCCAGUUGUGGAUCUGGAUUCUUGGAUGAGAACUUUUCGAUGCUGGUGCGCCACAAGUUGCAGCGGUACGAUCUCCAGCCCAAGGCCUGGGCUCAGAUCAUGGAAGAGUUUGUGUUUAUGCACAAGCCCCAGUUCGACGGAGACGAUGAUGCCUUUAUCCAGAUGCCCUCGUCGGUCGGCAACUUGGUGGAUCUCGACAUGCGUUUGGAGGAUGGUCUGUUGGCCAUCUCGGCUCAGGAGAUGCGUGAGCUGGUAUUUGACCCCGUUGUCAACCAGGUUCUAGGAUUGAUUGAUGGACAGUUGGUGCAGUCACAGCAGUGCUCGGCCAUCUUCUUGGUCGGAGGAUUCGGAUCUUCGCCUUACCUUCACAAGCGUGUCCAACAGGAGUUCGAGGCGAGAGUGCCUCUGAUCCGUUACCCUCCUCGUCCCGAUCUUGCCGUUGUCCGCGGUGCCGUCUACCACGGUCUGACCCACGAGCCCAUCCAGGCCCGUGUUGCUCGUCGUUGGUACGGAGUCGAUACUACCCGCCCCUACAAGGCCGGCGACCCCGUCGAUAAGAAGUACAUGCAGGAUGGCAAAUACCGUGUCCGGGACGGUUUCUCGGUCUUUGUGCGUCCAGGACAGGCGAUUGCUGUGGACGAGUGCAUCAGCAAAAAGUACAUCACCCACAAGUACCCCGAACCGUUGUCGUCGCCACUGUUUGUCUACAAUGGAGAGGACCAGCCCGAGUUUGUUGAUUCACAGGGAGUGCAGAAGCUGUGCGACUUCACGAUCCCAUUGCCCCAUAUCCCUGGUGCCGCCCCUGGUACACCUGUCAUCUUUACGCUGCGACUUUACUUUGGACGGACGGAGCUGAAAGCCGAGGCGGAGUUCCAGACCGGCGAGGUCAUCUCGACUCUUUGCCACUUUUAA